CGUGUUGUAUGCACGCGUGUACGUGUUGCGCGCAUGGGUCUGUUUGCAGAUGCCUUGCCAGUAAAGUUCAUUCAACGCGCUCAUUGGUGCGUCUCUCCAACGUGUCACCACUUUUGCUGGAUUACCCAGCAGAUAUCUUUCCCCGCAGGACACCGGCAACAUCACUGCACAACUUGCUUGCCCCCCCCAAGUAAGGCCAUCUGCAGAGCCAAGGACGUCAUGGCGCAGUCUUCAUCCAUGCUCUUUUUCUUGCUCCUGGAGGCUCUGGUGGUGAGAUCCAGCCCGCCCGGCUGCGCGUCCUGCGGCCUCCUGGGCAGGGAUGCGGAGGAGAGGCUGAUGGUGGAGAUGGCCAAGCAGCAACUUUUGGACAAGCUGCACCUGAAGGAGGCACCCAGGAUCUCGCAGACUGUGCCGCGGGUCGCUCUGCUCACUGCGCUGCGCAAACUGCAGUCGGGGCGCGUCAGCCAGGAUGGAACCUUGGAGCUGGACAACAGUGUGGCCGUCAAAGACCAAGGCUAUGAAAUUAUCAGCUUUGCGGAUAGAAAUGAAAACAACCAUGAGGACAAGACCAACCUCACCCUCACCUUCCAGUUCCUGCAAGAACACGGCCACAGUGUCCAGGUGCUGCGGUCCUCCCUUUGGGUCUAUGUCCGCUCCUCCAAACAGCCUUUCCGAGUGCCGGCCCGCGUCUUCCUGACUGCGGACGGCGGGGCAUGGCCCCCCAACCGCACCCUGGUGAUGGAGAAGAUGCUGGAGGUCCAAGAGAGUAACUGGCACACCUUCCCCAUCAGCCGCACCCUGCAGGCCUUCCUGGAUGGCGGCCAGAAGCGUCUGCGCUUGGAGGUGAUCUGCAAAGAGGACGGGAGGAAUCUUUGCGCGCCGGAGAACUCCCCCGACACGCCCUUCCGGCCCUUCCUGGUGGCGCAGGUGCGUCUCCGUGACGACCCCGCCAAACACUUGCUGAGGAAGCGCUCCCUGCGGUGCGGCGACGACGUCACCGUGUGCUGCAAGAGGGACUUCUACAUUAAGUUUAAGGACAUCCAGUGGCACGACUGGAUCAUUGCGCCCGAGGGCUACCACAUGAACUACUGCUUGGGGCAGUGCCCCCAGCAUCUGUCCGGGUCGCCCGGCAUCGCUUCCUCCUUCCACGCCACCGUCCUUAGCCAGCUGAAGGUCAACGGCAUCAACACGGCGGCGUCGUCUUGUUGCGUGCCCACUGAGCGCCAGCCUCUAUCCAUGGUGUUCUUCAACUCCCAGCACAACAUCGUCAAAACAGACAUCCCGGAUAUGAUAGUGGAGUCCUGUGGAUGCACAUAAGAUGUACAAAUAAUGUAUCGUUAUUUACACGCCCGUUGGGAUAAAAAUGCUUCGGAAUGCAUGCUAGCAUACAGUACAGGCCAAACGUUUGGACACACCUUUCUUUAUUUUCAUGACUAUUUACAUUGUAGAUUGUCACAUCAGAACUAUGAAUGAACACAUGUGGAGUUAUGUACUUAACCAACAAAGGUGAAAUACCUGAAAACGUGUUUUAUAUUCUAGUUUCUUCAAAAUAGCCACCCUUUGCUCUGAUUACUGCCUUGCAGACUCUUGGCAUUCUCUCCAUGAGCUUCACUUGAAAUGGUUUUCACUUGAUGAAAUGAUAAGUGUGACCGGCAUACUUGCCAACCUAGAGACCUUUGAA